GGGCUCGCAGGUCGGCGGUCGGCACCGGGGGCGGGCGGGACAUGGGCUCUUAAAGGGGCGGCUCAGCACGGCGUGGCUCGGCUCGGCUCGGUUCGAGGGUGGCGGCUGUGGGCCGUGAGGGGGAAGAUUCUCUUUAGUGUGAUUACUUACAAGUAAUAGUUCAUCAUCAUGGCUGAACUAUCACCUGAAGAAAUUCAGCUGAGGGCCAACCAGGUCACGGAUGAGUCUUUGGAAAGCACAAGGAGGAUUCUCAGCUUGGCUGUUGAGUCCCAGGAUGUCGGUACCAAAACUAUCACCAUGCUGGGUGAACAGGGAGAACAACUAAAUCGCAUAGAAGAAGGCAUGGACCAGAUAAAUAAGGAUAUGAGAGAAGCUGAGAAGACACUGACAGAGCUCAACAAAUGUUGUGGGCUCUGUGUCUGUCCUUGUAACAGGACGAAGAACUUUGAGGCUAGCAAGACUUACAGAGCAACCUGGGGAGAUGGAACGGAGAACUCGGCAGAUCAUGUAAUAUCCAUGCAACCAAGAAGUAUAAAUCAGCAGCAGCCUCAGACUUCUGGAGGACCAAGUGGCGGAUAUAUUACAAGGAUAACAAAUGAUGCCAGAGAAGAUGAAAUGGAUGAAAAUCUUGCUCAAGUGGGAAACAUUCUUGGGAAUUUGAAAAACAUGGCUUUAGAUAUGGGCAAUGAGAUUGAUGCCCAGAAUAAACAAAUAGACCGGAUAAAUGUAAAGGCCGAUACAAACAGGGAACGCAUUGAGCAAGCCAACAUCAGAGCCAAGAAACUAAUUGACAAUUAAAGCCUGCUGUCAUUCAAUGACACUGUCUCUCCAGCUGCAAGCCACCAUAUUCAUGAAUCUGUGAAAAUUCUCCUAUUCUCAAAUAAGAGGGUCUGGGAAAAACGAAGCAGUACUCUUUCUAUAGGCAUUAACUUUCUUUUAUUUUUUUUAUUGUUUCAUGUACACAUGGCCUUGACUCCAAGAAAGCAGCCAACAUAACUUCUUCCUACUCAUCUGCCUUCACUUUCUUUAAACUGCUCAGGGCUAAAAGUGUUAUGGCUUUGAGAAUAUUCUUGCAUGUUUUAUUCCCCAUCCCAGUCUUUUUUUCUUUUUUUUUCUUUUUUUUCUUUUUUUUUUUUUUGCCCUGCACCCAAAAUACAGUCCUUUAUUGAAAUUGAACAAGCAGGGUAACCUGAAGUCACAGUUGUGGAAAGUUGGAGAGGGCACUUUGCACUGUUUGAAAUACCUCAUAAAUUGAGUGUGUUCACUAAAAUAGGGACUUGGUGAAUAUUGUCUGACUUGUAUCUCUAGCAGGCUAACCAUAGUUUUACAAUCCAAACCACAUGAUUUGUUUGGGAUUGAGUUUGUGGAUUACGGAAUUGAAGAGGCCCACUGCUUACUACUUGUGGGUUGAGGGCUUUAAAACACUUCCUAACCACAUCAACUUUAAUGUAAAGGUAACUAGAGGGAUAUACAGGUUUCCAUUUCUUUACUGUAAAUUGACAUAGGUUUGGAGGCCAUGACUAGGAAAUCAUGCUGCAUUGUUCUGAUAAUACUUGUUUUGUGUAUAUAUACCUGAUCUGAACCCCAUGCCCAUGUGAGCAGAAGAAAAUAAAACUGUCUUCCUAAAGUAUUUAUUUGAUGGAAAAUUUUAUGCCCCUCAUCUAAAAGUUAACUUUUAAGAGUUUGAAUUAUGUAUCUUAACUGGAAGAAAAAACCAUGCAGCUUUUUCACAUCCAGAUUCAGAUUCAGUUUUGGCUAGUUUUCACUGGAGUUCAUUUUAUGCCUUUCUCCAGUGCAAAAUAAUGACUGAGAUCUGGUGCGGUUUGCUCUCAGCAGUGACUUUGGGGGAGCUUCUUAAACCUAUUGGAAACAGAGAAGCUUAUUGUGAACCUUCUUUGUCACAGUCUGGAGGAAGCACUACCUAUUCAAGAACUGUAUGCUAGUUCUAAAUAAACUAGUUCUAAAUAGA